AGUCGAGCACUUGCGAGAUAAUGUCGUCCCAAACCCCCGAACUUUCCUCUCCUAUUUAGCCAUCAAACCUCAGCUUUUUUCCUGUCUCGGUAAAAUUACUCUAAGGCGCAUAUAUAAUAGAGUUACUUUCCUCGCCAAGGCAGCGCUGUUCUAAUUUUUUUAUCAAAAUCUUCACGAACCGGUAAAAAGAGGAAGAAAAUUUGACAGGAGCUAUGCACAUCUUUCCUUCUGAAGUCCAGGAAUCACACUUAGAUAUUCUUCUCUCUAUUGCUGAUGGUUUUAUCCAUGAGACGUCAGUCGAGAAUUUGCGGUCCCAUGUGAGCGACGAAUUUGGAGAGGCCAAACUCACAGACUAUGUGAAAGCUGUAACACGGCCUUCCCAGAUCCCCGAGAUACGCCCUUAUUUACGCCUGGUAAUAGCCAGCCAGUCUACCAGCUCGGUGCGGUCUUUCAAUAUCGCAAUGAAGAUCCUAUCUCUGCGAAUCUUUUCGCCUGCUCUUACCAACAGUACAAAACUCAUCACAGAGAUGGACGACGAGGAAAAACGGCAAUUGCUUCUCUCGUGGCGCGACUCUCCCCUUGAGAUGAAAAACAUGCUAUUCAGUCUUUUCUGCCGGCUUGCUGUGCUGUCGUUUACCGGGCAUGCCCCCGAUAUUCACUUUCAGGCAAUGGACUUCCCCCGGCGGGAGUCACGUGAUGAGAUAUAUGACGGGUACGCCCAUGACCCUUUUGAAUACACGAUGAAAAUGCCACCUGAAAGUAAUAACGCGGAGCUUUACUUACCUGAAUUCGAUGCUGUUAUUAUUGGGUCUGGGGCAGGUGCAGGCGUUGUGGCACAUACGUUGGCACGUGAUGGCCACAAGUGUCUUGUGCUUGAAAAAGGUAGAUACUUCAAACCAUCAGAAUUAAAUUUUGAUGAUGCUCAAGGCUAUAAGUCCCUAUAUGAAAAUGGCGGGAUGCUCUCCACUGAAAAUUCGCAGAUGAUUAUUUUGGCUGGCGCCACUUUUGGCGGAGGCACCACAGUAAAUUGGUCUGCAUGUUUGGAAACUCCCUUCAAAGUGCGUAGCGAGUGGCACAAGAAGCAUGGACUUAAUUUUGUGGCUACCGAAGAAUAUGAUUCUGACCUUGAUUAUGUUUUGAAACAAAUGGGUGCAUCCAAAGACCAUAUCACCCAUUCCAAGUCGAACCAAAUCCUUCUUGACGGUUGUGCAAAAUUAGGCUACAAGGUGAAGGAGAUUAGACAAAACAUCGGCACUCACAAGAGCCACUCGUGUGGAUUUUGCCAUUUGGGCUGUAAAUGGGGCGUGAAGCAAGGCUCAAUGGUAAACUGGCUCCGCGAUGCGGCUGCGAAUGGCACAGAAUUCAUGGACCAAGUUGUGGUUAAAAAGAUCAUAAAAAAUGGAAAAAAUGUUGCCGCCGGAAUCGAGUGUGUCAAUAUAAGAAACGGCUUCAAGUUCACCAUUCGGGGGCCGAAGAAAUAUGUUUUGAGUGGUGGGUCAUUGCAAACACCCGUGCUUCUCCAGAAAUCUGGGUUUCGCAAUAAGCACAUUGGAAGAAACUUAAAGCUUCACCCCGUUACCACUGUUUUUGCGUUCUGGGACAAAACUAAGAGUGAUCCUCAUCAUAAUUCAAUUAUGACUACAGUUUGUAUUGAAGCCGAGGAUUUGGACGGAGAUGCUCACGGGGCUAAAAUCGAGACUUUGCUCCACACUCCAUUCAUCGAGACAGCUUUUAUGCCAUGGCUGUCCUCGGAAAAAACUAGAAGGGAUAUGCUCAGAUACCAGCUGACUUCUGCUUUUAUUGUCUUGACUAGAGAUACACUGUCGGGCACAGUCAGUUUCGAUCCAUAUAAGCCAGACACACUCGUCAUUGAUUAUGCCAUCAACAAGUUUGACCGACACAACAUGGCCAAAGCAAUCUUGGUCACGAUGGAUGUGGCCUACAUAGAGGGCGCUACUGAGAUAGUUCAUCCCUACUUCAGAGGGGGUAACUUUAUAAGUACUACGCCCAAGGGUAAUCGUGCAAUUUCUGAUCCAGAUUAUCAGAAAUUCCGCAAGCACUGUGCUGCGCUUGAGUUGUCUGUCUAUGGCUGUGGGUAUGGAUCUGCUCAUCAAAUGAGCACAUGUCGCAUGAGUGGUCUAGGACCCAGUGAUGGGGCAUGCGAUAUAAAAGGUCGCUUGUAUGAGUGCGACAAUGUUUACGUUGCAGAUGCCAGCGUCAUGCCAACCGCAUCCGGGGCCAAUCCGAUGGUUUCUACCAUGGCUUUAUCAAGACACAUUGCAAAGGAAAUUUGCCGCGAUUUGAAACCGGCAUCCAGACUUUAAUUUGAUGUAUUUAGUUGAGAUACCCAAGCAAAGUGGUAUGAUUCACGAUCAACUCGGGUAUGAACUGACUUUUCACUUUUGACUGUAUUCCCAACUGUACUUCCAAUAGUGGUUAUAGUAGCAAUUUGAGAUCAAAAAGAACACAUGGGUGCAACAAAGCUCAUUUG